AUGACAUCACAGUGUUUGUAGCCUAGUAACCCGGAUGGUGGGAAUAGAGCUGCAGCUAGCUCCCUAAAGCCUCCUGAAUUAAACUAAAUUUAUAAAUCCGCUGAUUAAUCUGAUCAUAUUAUCGAUCCAGGGAGAUGAGCUUGUCGAUCAGGACUGAACUACCCGCUGAUAAAACGAAGCGCAAGAAGAGGAGAGAACUGACUGAAGAGCAGAAGGAUGAGAUAAAGGAAGCGUUUGAACUGUUCGACACAGAUAAAGAUAAAGAAAUCGAUUAUCAUGAACUGAAGGUGGCUAUGAGAGCUCUGGGCUUCGAGGUGAAGAAGGUGGAUGUGCUGAAAAUCCUAAAAGAUUAUGAUCGAGAAGGAACCGGAAAAAUAACGUUUGAAGAUUUUAGAGAAGUUGUGACAGACAGGAUCCUGGAGCGAGAUCCUAAGGAGGAGAUCCUGAAGGCGUUUAAGCUGUUUGAUGAUGACGAGUCGGGGAAGAUCAGUCUGAGGAAUCUGAGGCGAGUCGCGCGAGAGCUGGGGGAGGACAUGAGCGACGAGGAGCUGAGAGCCAUGAUCGACGAGUUCGACACCGACGGAGACGGAGAGAUUAAUCAGGAGGAGUUUGUCUCUAUAAUGACGGGAGAUUCCUGAAGAGCUGCUGUUGAGAUGAUGACUGACUGAGAUGAUGUUUUUUAUCUCAGUGUUUUGGUUCAGAUUUCCUGUUUUCUGGGAUUGUUCAGUUUUCUAUUUGUAUAUAAUGAAAUAAAUCAUUUUAUUACUGUGAUUAGUUUAUAUUAGAUUAUCUUGUUUUGUAGAUACAGGACUAUAAAUCAUAGUAAAUACUGUCUGCAUUGUUUUUCAGCAGGUAAAGGAAUUAUGGGAUAGAUCUGAACGGUGAUUUCAGUGGUUCUGAUUGAUGUUUUGUGUAUUUGUUUACUGCAGGAGUGUAACAGUCAGACAGUAAAUAGUACAUUAUUUGUAUUUUGUUUAUUUAUAAGGCAGUGCAGUGUUUUUGUCUAUACAUAUUUUUUAGAAUUUCAUAAAUUAAACAUAAUUUUUUCCCCCAUUUUUUAUGUACAGUAAAAUCUGCUCUGUGUUCUUGAAUAAAGUUUUGUAGGUUAA